AUGGAGAAAUUGGUAUUCGUUAAAGAGCUUCACGCUCGGUUGAUUAAAACCCAUCUCCACACUGACCCAUCAUCAAUAUUUCCCGUAAUCCAAUCCUAUUCUCUUCAGCCAAGUAAUCUGCAGAGAACCCUUUUCAUAUUUGACCAAAUUGAAAGACCCACUUUAUCUAUUUGGAACAUUCUGAUCCGAUGCGUCUCGCGGAGCGAUCGUCCUGUUUUUGCACUCCAUUUGUUUGAUGAAAUGCGGGUCCGAGGAUUGAUAGGAAAUAACCUGACCUCUAUAUAUGUUUUAAAAGCUUGUGGUCGUGCUCAAGAUGCUAGCUAUGGAGGAAAAAUUCACGCACAUUCGUUUAAGAUGGGUUUCAGAUCGUAUCUUUAUGUUUGCAACUCACUGAUUCAUAUGUAUGCUUCAUGCAAGCAGUUGGAACGCGCGCAGAAAGUGUUCGAUGAAAUGCCUGAGAGAGACUUGGUUUCUUGGAACUCCAUGAUUUGUGGGUAUAGUCAAUCUAACAGAUAUAAAGAGGUUUUACGUCUUUUUGAUCUUCUCCAAGAAGCUGAUCUGAUCGCUGAUUCGGUAACAAUGGUGAAGGUUAUAUUAGCAUGCAUCAACAUAGGUGACAAGAGCAUCGGAUUGUCCAUGGCUAAGUACAUUAAAGAUAAUACCAUUAAAACGGAUGUUUACCUUGGAAACACUUUAAUCGAUAUGCAUGGAAGACAUGGUUCAAUGGAUUUGGCUCGUGAAGUAUUUGAUCAAAUGGAGGAACGGAAUAUGGUUUCCUGGAAUGCCAUGAUCUCAGGUUAUGCAAAAGCAGGCGACUUGACCAAUGCACGGAAGCUAUUUGAUAAAAUGCCAAAAAGAGAUGUCAUUUCAUGGACUACUAUGAUCACUGGUUACUCUCAAGUUUCUCAAUUCUCUGAUGCAUUAACCCUCUUUAUCGACAUGAUGAACACAAACAUUAAACCUGAUGAAAUCACAGUUGCUAGCGUGCUCUCUGCAUGUGCUCAUCUAGGGUCAAUCGAUAUGGGCAAAUCUGUCCAUGACUACAUUUGUAAAAACAACAUAAAACAGGAUUUAUACGUUGGGAACUCUUUGAUCGAUAUGUACUGUAAAUGUGGUUCAACAGAAAAAGCAUUACAAGUGUUUCAAAAAAUGGAACACAAAGAUUCGGUUUCCUGGACCUCAGUGAUUUCAGGACUUGCUGUGAAUGGAAAUGCCAAUUACGCCCUGGACCUCUUCUCCAAGAUGAACACGAAGCCAACUCAUGGAACAUUUGUAGGGGUGUUACUUGCUUGUGCUCAUGCUGGCAUGGUGGAUAAAGGUUUGGAGUAUUUUGAGAGCAUGAAAAGAGAGUAUGGAUUGCAUCCAGAAAUGAAACAUUAUGGAUGUGUAGUUGAUAUGUUGAGUAGAUCAGGUGAUGUUGAAAGAGCAUAUGAGUUUAUGAAAGAAAUGCCAAUGAAUCCAGAUGUGAUAAUAUGGAGGAUGUUACUAGGUGCUUGUAAGCUUCAAGGAAACAUAGUCAUAGGAGAGAUUGCCUCUAACAAACUCCUUGAAUUGGAUCCUGAUAACAGUGGGAAUUAUGUUCUUUCAUCAAACAUUUAUGCAACUGCUGAGAGAUGGGAUGAUGCUAUGAAUAUGAGAAAGUUGUUAAAAAAAGGCCAUGUGUUUAAACCAUUAGGUUGGAGUUCUUUGCAAGUUUAA